GUUACAACACACCACCAGCACUGAUUUUAUUAUUAUUAUUUCACCUGCAACAGCAAAACAGAAUUACAACACCACUAACAGAGAACCACAUACACAACAGCUCUGUCUCAAGAAACGUACAGUUUCCUCUCGAUUAUAGGAAAAUGUCUUUGAAGAAAAUUGGGAGAUUGGGGAUUUUGUGGCCUGGUUGACUGUAAUCGAGUUGGAUAGACUGAAGUUGAGUUGAUUGCUAGUUGAGUGGUAACCCAGAUGGUAGGCAGGAGCAAAUGACCUUUUUUUGCCGGGGAACGUGGAAUGAAAUUUCUGUUUAAGUUUGCAGAUUCUGCACACAACAGCCUCAUGACAUCCUCUGUUCAAGACUUUUCUGAUAACAGUGAGAGUGAUGAGCAGCGAAAGCAGUCAGAAUCACAUAUCCAGUCCUCACCUCCUGCACCUGGAUUAGCUCACCCUGGAAUCACAACCCCAAAUGUCCAAUACCCAAUGCCUCCUCAACUAGCUGGACAUGCUGUGGCACCCGGAGCUUAUCCUUAUCCAGAUCCUUAUUACAGAAGUAUCUUUGCACCCUAUGAUGCACAGCCAUAUCCUUCUCAGCCCUAUGCUGGGCAACCAAUGGUCCACCUUCAGUUGAUGGGAAUUCAGCAAGCUGGAGUUCCUUUACCGUCAGAUGCAGUUGAAGAACCUGUGUUUGUCAAUGCAAAGCAAUAUCAUGGCAUCUUGCGACGUCGACAAUCUCGUGCAAAAGCUGAAACAGAAAAUAAAGCGAUCAAGUCAAGGAAGCCAUACUUGCAUGAAUCUCGGCAUUUGCAUGCACUAAGAAGAGCUAGAGGAUGUGGAGGCCGGUUCCUCAAUUCCAAAAAGAAUGAAAACCAACAAAAUGAGGCAGCAUCAGGUGACAAAUCUCAGCCCAGUAUCAACCUCAACUCUGAUAAAAAUGAUAUUACUUCAACAAAUGGUACAUCUUGAGAUUUCAUAAUUAGUGACACAAUGGACAUGCAAACAAUCAUCUGCAAAUGAUUGCACUGGAACUGAGGUCCUAUGCUAGCCUCUGUUUUCUCAGUGUUGCUCAUUACUGCUGUAUUACUUACGUUGUGGUUAGUAUGUAUAGAGGCUUUCAAUGUAGUAGGUCCGUAGGGAGGCUGCAGGCAAGAGGCGUUAGUAUCAUGAGGUUUGGUUAUAGUUCUCCAGGAAAAGGGAAUUUUCUUUUUCCAAGACUUUGUGCUUUUUUAUCCCGAAGGGGAUGAUGGUUAAGUUUGUUGUGUGUGGUGCACUAGUUUGGGCAUUAUACUGUAGGUGAUUUGAGGGUUUUUGGUCUAACAGAGUAUUGUGGCUUUGUUGGGUUUGAUUAUGUUAGCUUAAGGUAAGAUGUGUAUUAGCUCUUUCAUUUGUUAUUAUUGGUGAUGGAUAAUAAGAUGGCAUAUUUGGUUAAUGGAGUUGUAGGCUUUCCGUGUC